CGACAAGCAUAGGAGACGCUCGUCGGCCGACAAACUGAGCGAUAGGUUUAAAAAGUCUGGAGUACCGGUCCCUCUACCAGACCGGCCCAGAAUUGUCAAAAUGACCGACAAUGAUGUGACCCUCUCGUGGCUACCAUCCGUUCCCAUUCAGCCCAGAAUUCCUGUCACUUAUAUAAUAGAGUUCUGUAGGAUUCCGGACGGAGAGUGGUUUGCGUAUAGAACUGGAAUUCAAGACAAUCAGUGCACUGUCGACGGACUCAGUCCUGGAGUAGACUAUGGUUUCCGCACUCGUGUGGAGAAUAAGUACGGAAUCAGUGAUCCAUCGCCUGCUGUCACCGCAUACAGGAGUAAACUCCGGCCCUCAACAGAACUCGGAGAUCAUAAGCCAAAGGGCUAUGACUUAACGCACCCGGACUUUGACAGAUCAGAGGGUGCGCCGCGAUUCUUAGGUGAACACGAGGAGACCCUGUAUGCGGUGAAAGGCGAACCCGUGACCCUUGAGUUCUGGAUAUAUUCACAUCCGGACGCCAACAUUGUUUGGCAGUUUGAGGACCAAAAGAUACAAACGGGAUCGGGAGGAAGGUUUGACACAUUGCAGGACAGGGGCGGACAGAACUGUCUAUUCCUGACCAAAAUGACCGAGGGUGAUGUGGGCUGGUAUACAUGUGUGGCCACCAAUAUUCACGGCUCGGAUAUGCGAAAAAUAAAGGUAUUGUUAGCCGAAGCGCCCGUUUUUACCAAACGCUUCGACGAGACAACAGUCUUAAACCGAAGACACGCCCGCUUUGAGUGCUCUGUCGUCGGUAUACCUCAGCCAACGGUGCGAUGGUUUAAGGACUGGCAGCCAAUGCACGAAUCGGAUCGCAUCAAAAUCCUAUGGGAGUCUCCAGACAGAGCCACUCUCUUCAUCAACGGAGCCAUUGUUAAAGAUUCCGGACUUUACUCGUGUUUGGCCUCCAAUAUCGCGGGUCACGCCUCCAUCUCAGCGAUGCUUAACAUUGAGGAGUCAGAACUAGAAUACGAUAAAUACACGUUUGGUUACAAUAAGUUUAUAAAAGCCAAGACUAAGCCAUUUGAAGCCUAUUACGACACGGGAGACGAGUUGGGUCGGGGCACUCAAGGCAUUGUCUACCACGCGGUCGAGAGGGCCACCGGUCGGAGCUUCGCCUCGAAGAUGAUGCACGCGAGGGGAGACAUGAAAGAGCACAUGACUGCCGAACUCGAAGUGAUGAACCAAUUGGGAUAUCAUCCACGAGUGACCCGUCUGUGGGACGCAUUCGCGUCGACACCCAAUUCGCUGACUCUCGUCACAGACCUGUGCGGAGGCGGAGAACUCAUGAAAGCUAUUCUCCAAAAGGGGUCCAUCACUGAGAGUGAAGUCGCGUUUUAUAUCCGACAGAUUCUCGAAGGACUCGAUUAUUUGCACUUUAAAAAUAUCGCUCAUUUCGGUCUCAAUAUUGGCGACGUUUUGCUCGAACGGAUCAAUGGAAGCGAUAUAAAGAUCGCAGACUUUGGUUUAGCUCAACGUAUUAUUCCAGGCAUUAAAUACAUUGUAGACGAUAUAAAGAUCGCAGACUUUGGUUUAGCUCAACGUAUUAUUCCAGGCAUUAAAUACAUUGUAGAGUUUGGUCAGCCGGAGUUCAUCGCACCCGAGAUUCUGGACAAACAGUCGGCCAGUUAUGAGGCCGAUGUCUGGUCGGCGGGAAUCAUAACAUACAUCCUAUUGACCGGAAUAUCUCCAUUCCUGGGCGACACGGAUCGGGCGACUCUACAGCACUUGCAGUUGGGAAACAUUGACUUCAAUUUACUCACAGAGGUAUCGCUGGAAGGCAAGGAUUUUCUCUCCAAAGUGUUAGAACGCGAUCAAUACAAGAGGGUUGGCGUCAAACAAGCGCUUCAACACCCGUGGCUCAGACUCGCCGACAAACCCGGAACCGGCACUCAAUUGGGUUGCAUUGAAAACCUGAGACAAUACUACAAACGAUAUAAAAAUUGGUAUGUGAACGCCUCGUGUAAAACCCAUUACCGUCGCCGUCCGUUGCACUCAUGCUUUACACACCCGAGUCGUAUGAUAUACCCGCCGGACGAACAGUACACUCCGCCCCCGAGUCCGGAGCGAGAGGUCGGGCACUCAAAGUUCAAGGCCUCGCAGUUCGACGAGACUAUGAAACAGAAGAUCUCGAGAGAUCACUACGACGUCCACUCCGAGAGCCAAUACCAGAGCGGACCCGACACUUAUUUGCUGCAACUCAGAGACACAGACUUCGCCACUCGUAUCCGACAGUACCUCCGAGUGGGCGCCUCCAGGAGUCCCAGUUUGGCCGCCAGUCUUAGGGAAUCUCAUUGGGGAGACAAAAAUCACUCAGACUACGGCUAUAAGCCGUCGGUUUCGGUGAGAGAGCGGCGAAAGUUCACAGAUAUUAUGGACGAAGAGGUGAGCGACGAGAAGAGGGGUCUCGAGACUCGAUCCAAACCAAUGCGUUUAGUGCGAGAGGUGGGCACAAGUGGUUACGCUUACGGACAGUUGCAUCACCUGAAGAGAGAGGCCAAAGCCAAUGUAGUGGCCGGCGAUCUGACGGCCACCGGAACCGUCACAAAAGUGCCAUUUUUUCGCGAAAAACUCAAAGAUAUGGCCGUCAGAGAGAACGAAGACGUGGUGUUCAGUUGUCUGGCUGUGGGAGAGCCCACUCCCAGCUAUACCUGGUUUAGAAACGACGGCAUUCUUAUCGAGAGCUCGCGGAUCGAAGUGAAGCGCACGGAUGAGGGCAGGUGUGAGCUGCGGAUCAAACCGGCCCGAGCUUACGAUGUGGGCCAAUACAAGUGUGUCGCCCGUAACGAAGAGGGAGCCGUCGUGUGUCGCGCGAGACUCAAGUUGGGCGACAGUCCCGCCCCUCCGGAGGCGCCCGAAAUCAAGAGCGGUUCCAGUCAUGAGCUCUAUUUGUGUUGGAGUCCUCCCAAACACGACGGCAACAGUCAUAUACUGUGCUAUCGAUUAGAGUACAAGAAAUGCGAUGACCAGAAGUGGACAGUCGUCGCCGACAACGUUAUGCACGAGUUCUACAUAAUGAGAGACUUAGAGCCGGAGACGAGUUAUAACUUCCGAAUCAGUGCCCGAAAUAGGUUCGGAUGGAGUUCUCCGAGUCUUCAGAGUGAAACGGCCACAACACAGGCCACUGAAGGCGCCCAACGGCUACUCGUGCCCAGAGCUCGCAUAUACAGGCAAACAGUGACCGAAGACGUCGGACGUGUCAUUGUUGACGACUUGUAUUCGGUGCCAAACAUUGAUUACAACAAAGAACUAAAUCCGGUUCCGCUGACAGAAGCAGAACACGACUCUCUCUAUGAGUUUGUCUCUGAGAUAUCUCGCGGAAGGUUUUCGCUGAUUAGUAACACUCGACUCAAAGACAUAAACAAGUCGUGCGUCUGUAAAGCGGUUCUCACCCAAAGUGAGACCGAAUCGGGCGUUAAUACCGAAUACGAGAUCAUGAAGUCGUUGGCCAACGAGCGUAUAGUAGAGCUCCAGUACGCGAGCCGUGGGUCCAAUAUACUGUGCUAUCGAUUAGAGUACAAGAAAUGCGAUGACCAGAAGUGGACAGUCGUCGCCGACAACGUUAUGCACGAGUUCUACAUAAUGAGAGACUUAGAGCCGGAGACGAGUUAUAACUUCCGAAUCAGUGCCCGAAAUAGGUUCGGAUGGAGUUCUCCGAGUCUUCAGAGCGAAACGGCCACAACACAGGCCACUGAAGGCGCCCAACGGCUACUCGUGCCCAGAGCUCGCAUAUACAGGCAAACCGUGACCGAAGACGUCGGACGUGUCAUUGUUGACGACUUGUAUUCGGUGCCAAACAUUGAUUAUAACAAAGAGCUAAAUCCCGUUCCGCUGACAGAAGCAGAACACGACUCUCUCUAUGAGUUUGUCUCAGAGAUAUCUCGCGGAAGGUUUUCCCUGAUUAGCAACACUCGACUCAAAGACAUAAACAACAGCACGCAGACAUUUCGCCAAGAGUGGGUUUCACUCUGGCUUAGCCCGCAAUUAUGGCUUAUGCUCUAG